GCCCCUCCCCCUUCCACGGUUGGUUGAUCUAUUGCAAUGGUCGCAAUACCCACCCUCUCUCUCCUAUUGGCCCUGGCGGAGUGGGCAGGACUGGUCACGCCCUCCCCACACCUCUUGCUCCGCCCCCGGGAGCGGGAGAGAGACCCGGGGACUGUAAUGAACUUCAACAUCGCUGUGAUCCACGCGGGGGCCAGCGUGCAGGUAGAGGCGGCGGCCGGGCCCGGGGGAAGGGUGCUCUACCCUGGGUUUGGUCGGGCACACAGCUCCCUGGGGGAGAGCGUGAUCACCCAGUGGGGCUCUGCAAACGUCAUCUGGCUCCAGGUGAAUGACAGUAGUCCUAAGACUCUGCUGUCCCAGCUGUGUGACCUGCUGUCAGCGAGGCCCCUACAGGGCCUGGUCUACGAGGAGGAGAGGCCACCACCCACCGCCUGGGGACCCCUGGCCCCCAUGUUAGAGUUUGUCUCUGCUCAGACUGGACUACCCAUAGUGGCUGUAGGAGGAGGAGCAGGGCUGGGGAGGAUGCAACAGGUACGUCUGCUCUACUGUUCCCAGGAGGAGGCCGAGCUGGUGUUUAAAGCAGCCUGGGCCGCGGGUCAGGCUGGUCCCUCUCACAUGUGGUUCGCUGUGGGGCCAGCCCUGUCCGGCCUUGGCAUGGAGGGUCUCCCCAGGGCCCUGUUCGCCGUGCGUCCGCAGGGCUGGAAGGACAAGCCCCGCAUGAGGAUCGCCCGGGGCGUGUCCAUACUGACCCACGGGGCGGUGGCACUGCGCCGUGACUAUGGGGCCUCUGGAGGGCCAAACUUUGUCACCAACUGCAUGACGGAAUCCAAUCAAACACACAGGGUGCGGGGGAGGAUGAGGUAUUUCAGCAACAUCACGUUGGGUGGCAGAGACUACUCUUUCGACAGUGACGGUUACCUGGCCAACCCCGUCCUAGAAGUCAUCUCCUAUACACCUGGCAAAGGCUGGGAGGAUGUAGGGAUGUGGGAGAACGGUAAGUUGGAUUUGGUUUAUCCAGCGUGGUCGCGUUACGGUCCAUUCCUCCAACCGCCUGAUGGCGCCCAGCACCUGCGCGUGGUCACUCUGGAGGAACGUCCGUUUGUCAUCGUGGAGCUGGCUGACGCCGCCUCCAACACCUGCAUCAGAGACUCUGUACCCUGCCGACGACCCCUGAACGCCAGUAUUCCUGUCCAGGAUCCCCCAAAGAAACAGUGCUGUAAGGGCUUCUGCAUCGACAUCCUCAAACGAUUGGCUAAGAUCGUGGGUUUCACCUAUGACCUCUACCUGGUGACCAAUGGAAAGCACGGGAAGAAGAUUGAUGGAGUGUGGAACGGCAUGAUUGGAGAGGUGGUGGGACAGCGAGCAGAUAUGGCCAUCGGAUCCCUCACCAUCAACGAGGAGAGGUCAGAGGUCGUGGACUUCUCUGUCCCCUUCGUGGAGACGGGCAUCAGUGUCAUGGUCUCCCGUAGCAAUGGAACCGUCUCACCCUCUGCCUUCCUGGAGCCCUACAGUCCAGCGGUGUGGGUGAUGAUGUUCGUCAUGUGCCUGACCGUGGUGGCUGUGACCGUCUUCAUAUUUGAGUUCUUCAGUCCAGUCGGCUACAACCGCAGCCUUUCCAGCGGAAAGAAGGCAGGAGGCUCUACGUUCACCAUAGGAAAGUCUGUGUGGUUGCUGUGGGCCAUUGUGUUCAAUAACUCGGUCCCAGUAGAGAACCCCAGAGGAACCACCAGUAAGAUCAUGGUGCUGAUCUGGGCCUUCUUCGCUGUCAUCUUCCUGGCUUCCUACACAGCCAACCUGGCUGCCUUCAUGAUCCAGGAGGAGUACAUAGACACUGUCUCUGGACUCUCAGACAAAAAGUUCCAGCACCCCACAGAGCAGUACCCCCCUCUGAAGUUUGGCACGGUGCCCAAUGGAAGUACAGAGAAGAACAUCCGCAGUAACUACCCUGGCAUGCACCAUUACAUGGUCAAAUAUAACCAGAGAGGGGUGGAGGACGCCAUUAACAACCUCAAGACUGGGAAGUUGGAUGCCUUUAUCUACGAUGCAGCUGUGUUGAACUACAUGGCCAGGAAAGACGAGGGUUGUAAGGUGAUGACCAUAGGCUCUGGGAAGGUAUUUGCCACCACAGGCUACGGUAUCGCCCUGCACAAGAACUCCCGCUGGAAACGCCCCCUCGACCUGGCCCUGCUGCAGCUGGUGGGAGACGAUGAGAUUGAGAUGCUGGAGCGUCUGUGGCUGUCUGGUAUCUGUCACAAUGAUAAGAUUGAGGUGAUGAGCAGUAAGCUGGACAUAGACAACAUGGCGGGUGUCUUCUACAUGCUGCUGGUGGCUAUGGGGCUCAGUCUGCUGGUAUUUGCCUGGGAGCACCUGGUCUACUGGAGGCUCAGACACUGCAUGGCUACCAGCUCCGGGAGACUGGACUUCCUACUGGCCAUCAGUAGGGGCAUGUACAGUUGUUGUAGCUUUGAGGAUGAAACCACGCCGGGCGGGGCCAAAUCCUCCAUGGCUAUGCUCCCCCACCAUCAUGGCACCAUGGUAACAGUCCCGCCCCCGCCACACUUGGUUAGUGCGUCAUCAACCAACCCGGCCCUGACCAUGGCGCAGCAGCAACAGCAGCAACAGUCACAGCCCGUCUACAAAACACAACUACCUGGAUCCCCUCCCACUGUGGUGCAUUCUGGGACGGCGCUGGGGCCCUCCAACACUCCCAUGCUGGGGGCGCCCCUGCCCUGCUCCACAUUCCUCCCCCGGCCCGAUCGCAGACUGGCCGUGGUGGACCGCUGGAGGCUGCCCAAGGCUGGGACCGCCACCAACCCCAUGGCCGUGCGCGGGACCGUCGCAGACAUGGGACCCUUCCCCCAGAAGGUGGCUCCGACCUGGGGCACGACAGCUGGAGGAGUGGGAGUUGGUGGUGGUGGGGGGCUGGAUGGAUAUAAACGCUACUAUGGACCCAUCGACCCUGAGGGUCUGGGGCCCUGUAUGGACCAGCCGACAGGGUCCCAGACCCCCAAAACAGCCCCCAGGAGCCACCCUCAACCCCCUCCCGCCACUGUGGCCUUCUACUCAGAGAAAGGUCCUGAUCAGGGGGUGGGGAAGAGGGUGGUGGGAGGUGGUGGUACUGGGUGUCAGGGGAAGGGAGGGGUCAAACCUUUGGGGACGCCUCGGCUCCCUCCUAAAAGCCAAGCCGUGGGCGUGACCCCAGUCCCUCUGCCCACUAACCCCCCGCUGCCACAACCCUCCCCCCCUCUCCCCUCAUCCUUUUGGAGGAAGCGCCGGCCCAAGAAGCCCAAAGAGCCAGGCGGGCCUCUGUACGAGAACAUCCUACCGCUGGGGCGCAGGGGAGGAGGAAGGGAUGGAGCUAGGGAUGGUGGAGGGAGGAGGGGACGCCCCCUCUCUCCUCCUCUCCCACUCCCCGUAACCGUGCCCAUGUCCCCCACCUACACUCCCCCUUCCCCCUCCACCUCACUCCCCUACACCAGCUCAACAUCCUCCUCUUCCUCUAACACAUCGUCUACCUCUUCCUCUACCUCCUCCUCUCGCUCCUCCUCUCCUUCCUCCUCCUCCUCCUUGACCUCUCAGAGCACGCGGGAAGGUUUGGACGCAGAGGACGAUGAUGAGGAUGAGGAGCUGACCGAGGAGUCCAGUCUUCUCCUGGGGAGGGGGAGGGACAGACAGCGUUCAAUUAUCUCCUCUCGCUCUCUCAGUCACGGGCGCCAGCCACCACCUAUACCACCCCGAAAACCACGCCCUGCCCGAGGGGAGAGAGACAGGGAGAGGGAGAGAGGAGGUAGCCAGUUGGCCCAGUUACAGGAGUGGUGGGCGGGCUGGGGUGAGAGAGAGAGGGAUCGCAGUGGAGGAGUAGGAAAUGACGAGAGGAAACGAGAGAAGAAGAGGAGGAAAGAUAAAGAGAAGAAGAAAAAGAAGAAGAAGAGGAAAAAGAGGGAGGAGAGAGAACGAGAGAGAGACAAAGAGAGGAAGAGACGGAAGGUGAAAAAGAAGAGGAAGAAGAAGGCGCUGAAGACGAAGAAGAAAUCGACUGGGCGUUCUGAGCAAGAAGAGGGUGAUGUGGAGGCAGAUAGGGAGGGAAUAGGGGAUGGAGGGAGAGAAGGAGGGAUGCCAGACUACUCUUCCUUUCCAACCCAGUAUCGUAGUACGUUUGGGGAGAAAGGGAGAGAUUCAGCAUGGGCAGGAGAGAGGGAGCGAGGAAGGAGGGAGGGAGAAGAGGAAGAGGGGGGUGAUAGAGAGGAGGAUAGCAGCAGGAGCAGGGAGAGGCGGCCCAAAUCAUCCCGUUCCCACUCCAGACAUCGACCCCCCAGUAAGCGCUACCCCAAACUCCCCGCCUCGGUCAAGUUCUGGGUGAGUGGAGGAAACGGGGAAGGGGGGGACCCCAACUCUGGAACACCCCCCUCCUCCCUCCCUCCCCUCAUCCCACUCUCCAAGAGGAGGAGGAGUGGAGGGGUGGAGAGAAGGGAGGGAGGGAGAGAAGGAGAGAAGAGGCCUCUGUUGAUGCACUAUGAGAAAGGCAGGGCUAACACCCAGGAGGGGCUCUCCUUCCAUGAGUGGGACUCUGAGGAGGAUGAUGAGGAAGAUGUGGGGGAGGAGAGGCAGAGAGACAGAGCGAGGGAACGGGUGGAGGAGAGGGUGAGGAGGGCGGGUGGGAGAGGUGCUGUGUCAGAGUCAGAAAGAGACAGGGCAAGAACAGAGGAGAGUUACUCUGAUGAGGGCUCAUCAGGGGAGUUUGGGCGAUUUGAGAGGUACUGGGAGGGGAGGGAGGGGGCUGGAGGACCAGGGAGUAGUGGGAUAGGGGGGAUAGGGGGAGGGAGCUGGUUUUUCGGAACAUACCCCUCCAGAGAGAAAGGGGGCAGCAUCAACAGCAGAGACGACUCUAUACUAGGGCGAGUGGAGGGCUGGGGGGGGGCGGGGGGAGAUUCUUGGGGUUCGGGGCCAGGAGUAGGGUGGGCGUCAGGGGGAGGGAGUGGAGGUCUGGGGUCCCAGUGGCCCCCCCCUCCAGCAAACCUCCCGCACCCCCGACGGUACUGGUCUGUCGACAAACUCCCAAUGAAGGGAGAGAAGAAGUGGAAAAGGGGAGGAAGGGGGAAGGGCAAGGGACGCGCACGAGACAGAAACCAGGGGUCUGGGGUGUCAUGUUCAUGUAGUCAGUACCCCCACCCCCAUGUGCACCCGCACCCCCAAGGGCGGUCACACGGCCAUGGGAAGAGAGGAAGCACGGCCCUGUCCCACAGCCAGGAGGAGUUGCUCCCCCACUGCCACAGCUUCAGCGGGGGCUCACGGCCCAAACCCCCUCCCAAACCAGACCAGGGCCAGGCCAAGUCAGGCAGCCAGGCCAGCCUCAGCACACAGCAGCCAGGAGUGUUAGUGGAUCACCCCCCUCAGCCCUCCCUCUCACCCCCUCAACCCCAACCUAGUGCCCCUUCCUCAUCCUCCUCCCUGCCGGUGCCCAUCCCUCCUCCUCCCUCCUCGUCCUCUGCCUCGGCCAGUGCUAAGCUCCUGUACCAGAGACUACGGUCAGUACCUCAGCCCGGACGCUUCUACUCCCCCCACCUGCCACUCAAGGCCAAGAGCCUAUGCUCCCGACGAGGCUCCGCCCAUUUCUCCAGCCUGGAGAGCGAGGUAUGACAGGGGGAGACGAGAGAGGGAGACACUCGAGCCGACACCGGUGCCGCUGAAACCACUGACGCCAUGGCAACUGUUACCAACGGCGGUGCCAUGGCAACGUCGGAUGCCACGGUAACUGAGACUGCUGUUAUGGCGACUACAAAUGACCAUCAGCUAGUGACCAUCGCUACAGGAACAACUAGGGAUGACUGCACCAUGGCUGUCUCCGCUGUGGGUGAUAGCGGAACCAUAGUAACCCGGUCCCUGGUGCGUGUUCUGGUGAGGGCCACGGUGAGGCGCCACACCAGGGUCACCUACAUCCGCCUGGAGGGGUCCCAUGACACCGAAAGUGAGAGCGAGGCCAUGUCGUCUGGGGCGAUAGCAGCUCCAGAACUCCUCCUCCGGUCGGAACUGAGCUUUGUGAUGUCAUCGUCAGUUCUCCUCUCUUCCCCCAGUCAGAACAAUGGAUAAGACAAGUCUCCAAACUGUGAGUAAUGAUGUCAUGUUUACACACACACACACGUGCUCGUCUCCCUCCCUCUGGCUCUGACUGAACACACCUCGUUGGUAGCAGAGAGACCGGCCUGCUCCUGUAAGGAUCCAACGACUGGUUAACACUUCCACAGACUCUAGCUCUCCUGUCCCCAUUGGCUGAGGGACAUGUCACAUCAUCCCCUUUUGAAUUGGAUUGGUAGACUGCAUCCUCACGUUGGAGAGACCCCCCCAUCAUCUCUCUCCCCUUUUGUAAGUUGGUUGAUAUAAAAGCAAUGCAGUCGCCUCUCUCUUACACAUGAUCUGUCUGGCUUCCCAUCUCUCAUUGGACAGUGAGGACAGUGACAUCACUUUGACCUCAUGACAUCUUCAUGGCCAUCUAGUGCAACUGAAGCCCCCCGGAAGGGAAGGAUACCAACCCCCAUGAUGUCAUGUUUACUACAAACUCUUUUGCCCAAUUAGAUUUAACAGGAGACUUUCUCCGCCACCUCAUCGGAGCCUGUCCUUUUUCCUCUGGUCGGAUCAGAACUCAGAACAGAGACUCUUGUCAUUCCGCUGACGAGCACGAUGACAUCACUGUGUUUCAGACACAAACGGAACAUUCGGAAGGAAAAAAGACACGUAGCGAGAUCUUUCUUUCCCGUCUUUUUCUUUCUUUCUUUCUUCUCCUGAUAGCUUCUUUGUUAUUCUAUCUAUCUAUGUGUUGUUCUGUUAGUAUUUCAAGCAGCAGGGAGGUCGGCUGGGGCUGAACUUGGACGUGAGAAACGUUUGGAAAGCAGUGCCAAAUUUCUACUCCACAGCUUUUAAGCCAAAUUGGUUUCCAGUCAUCUGUUUUCAUGAGUAUAUCCCUAUAGUAUUUCACACGUGAGCAAUACAACAUUCUCUAUUAGGAGAGAGGAUGGAGGAAAUGAUUGUUUGCAAUAUCUACAGUUGGCACUAGAUGGCUGCAUAAUAUUCAAAUAAGCUUGAGAGGACUGAGUGAGAAAGUCUCUGAGCUGAGUCCAUUGGACAUUACAUUGAAGAUGUAAAACAUUCCGUUAUUAUGUGGAGGAAUCAGGACAGCUUAGCUUUAGUCAUUAGGAGUAUUGGGUCAUUGAAACCCUGAGCAGUGUAUUUGAAAAUAGAGUUCAUGGCCUUUCAUUCCCUCCUGCUUGGAAGACCCACUCACCAGUGUGAAGGAGAUGCAUCUUAUGAAGCACAAUUGGUCAUCGCAUAAAGCCAUAAGCCAACCACGUGCCGUCAUUACAGCACACAAUAGUUAUUAUACCAUGGUGAAGAACAAUACUGUGCCAAUACCUGACUACUGUCAUUAUUAGAAAUGUAGUUUCACAGCAAGACGGAUGUAGUAAUAUCACUAUGAGGGGAAUACUAUGUGGGAGUGGAGUCUACUAUGUGGGACAUAGAGAUUUAACUGUGUUCUGUCAUUAAAAAAGACUGGAAUAAGUCAUCAAUAGCAAUAUUGCCCUCUUUAAUGUGAUGAUAAUACAAUGGCAGACUGACAGUACUUGCAGUGCUGAGUUAUGUGACAACCUGUAGGCCUGUUGGCUUGUUCCCCGGGGUGGACCUAGGCCAGGCACUGCUCAGAUCCACUCAUCUCUACACAAUACGGAUCUGUGAAGAACUAGUAGUGUGUAAGUGCAGGUGAUUUACAGAUCGGGUCAUCUGAACAGUACCAUGCUCAGGCUACACCUUAUGAACAACUCAACAGGUGUCAAACAGAGAAUAAACAGACAGUGCAUUAAAGUGCCAAAAUACAUUGUUAAACCAAAACUAUAGUCCGUACCAUGCUUUGGUGUUUCUCUGUGUGGGUCAUCUAAAAGAGCUGUGUCAUGCAGCGUCAUGCUCUCCAUGGGUAUGACGUAUUCACCUCAGCUCUCUCACUCUGAGACCAGCCCACGGCCGAACCCCCAGCUUCUCCUAGUUGAAUGUAGCUUUGACAUGAUGUAGAACUUUGAGACUUUGUAACCUUUUUUGGGAUGCUGUUGAUCCUGGCUGGAAUGGAGGGCUUGGUGGGGCUUGAUCCUGCUAUGUGAUGGACUAUGUCGUUGAGUUGGGUUUGUGCAUGUUGUCACAGAUCAAAAGGUUGGACGGUCUUUUGAGUUACAUUUGACUACUGCACAUACUGCUUUGUCAAGGGGCCAUAUUUUGGAAACAAUUUAUCAUAGUUAUAGACAGAUGUUUUGUCGUCCCCAUGAUCCCCUUACACCUUGGAAAAGCCCAGAAAUCAUUGCAUGUUUAGACGAUUGAAAUCCCAGAGGCUUGCAGUGGAAGGGUUUGUGUAGUUGUAUUCUAGCUAAAGCUUAGGUCCCAGGGCGGCCAUCUUUCCUUGAGGUAGCUCGCUCGUCCCAGCGCCCCAACAGUGGAAACCGUGGAAACAGUUCUACUGUUUGGAAUGAGGUCAUUUUAAACCAAUCAGGAGUGCUGAAGCCUGUUGUCAUCGAGCAUCAUUGAGUUGUAUCAAGGCGCUAAUACUGAAGUCUGUGACUGCAUGAACAGAAGUGACUUUUAAAACCUUGUAGCUACAUUUUUUGCUGAGAAUUAAAGAAUAUAUUAAUAUAUACUAUGUUUUUGAGAAUGUACCAUGUUAUACUGUGAUUUAACUUAGAUAUUUUAUUAACUAUUGUAUUCCAUUUUAUCAUUUACAAAUUAUAUCAUUUAUCUAUACAGAAAUAUAUAUGUACAAAUAAAUAUAUACAUAUAUAUAUACAUACAUACAGGUGUGUGUAUAUAUAUAUAUAUAUAUAUAUAUAUAUAUAUAUGAGUUAAGUUUGGUACACUUGGAGGAAGUGUUAGAUGAUUCGUUUUAAAUGUUUUAGCUUUGUAGCAAUUCUAGACACUGAAAUCAUUUUGAAUUUGGAUACCUCCUAUAUGACUGUGAAGACAUUAGUGCCUGUGACAAAAAAAGAUGAGAAAAAAGUCUAAUCUCUCUACCAUCUACCUGUAUCUAAUAUAGCUAUCAGUCUGUCACUCUAACUGUUGUACUACCUAACAUUAUAUAUUUUUUGGUUUGUUAUUUUUAUUCAUAAUAUUUCUCUCUCUAUCCCUCUCUCUCUAUCCCUCUCUCUCUCUAUCCCUCUCUCUCUCUCUGUCUCUCCAUCUUUCUCUCUCUAUCCCUCUCUCUCUCUCUCUGUCUCUCCAUCUCUCUCUUAUUUAGCGGUUUGUUCCACACUAGUCUUUUCACCUCUAAAUCUGUCAUUUAUUUAACUCUUACAUUUUCCUUUAGUUUAAUUUCUUUGAUCAUCUUUCUAUUUCAAUCUGUCUGUCCCUCCGUCUGUCUCUCACUUAGCAAAAAAACCCAGAGACCAGUAGAUACUGUGUUCUUGCUCCUUUUGACUGAUUGUUGAAGAUGAUGAUCAUUUAAUUGAUUGAUUAGUGAAUUAAUGAAUUAACAAUGCUAUUAACGAUGUGAUUGAAGUGUGUAUCUGAUGACCAUGCCACUGUAGCAAGUCUGGGCUGUACCAAACUGCCGGGCAGCAACAUAGACCUUAGUUGCUAUGUUGCAGUGGUGUUGCCAUGGCGUUUCUAUGGCGUUCGGUACACCACCCCCACCUGGUGCUUGCUGGGUAAUGUAAUGUAGCAUAAUGUCCUUCAUGUUGCCCUCAAGCUCUGGUCUAGGAUCUGCUCUCCCUCAACCAGUCCUAACCAUAAUCAUUGGGGAUUGAACAAUUAAACCUGACCUUGGAACAGUGUUUGAAGGUUAACUUGGUGGUGUUGCACUGCAUGUGUCUGCUCUCUAUACUACUUACAUCUUAAACUGGACUGAACUGGACUGAUGACUGGCUGACUAUGGAAAUGUGAUAUGCUAUCAAUCAUUUUGUCAAGAAAAAAUGUACAUGUGAAUGACUUAGACUUUUGUUGGGCUAUGUUUUUAUUGUGAAAUACAGUUUGUUGUGUCCUAGUGUUGUGGCUGUGAGAGGUGUGUGUGUGUGUGUGUGUCUGUGGGGGGUGAGGGGGUGGGGGGGGGGGGUGCAUGCUUGCGUGUGUGUGUGUGCAUACUGAAAACACACGGUUUGAACUGUGCUGUUCUGCAUAGUGUGAUAUUGUACAGCAUAGUGGAUAACACUGGGAUGGUGCUGUAAAGUGGCUGGUAGCGAUACUGCCUGGCUGGCGCUCUACACUCCGAGGAACAUUAUGUUUUCUAGUCAGAAAUAUCUGGAGGUCAUUAGGAAUGUGUGUGCAUGUUUGUGUGUAUUCGACUGGGAUUUUGUUUGAAAGUGUUGUGCUGCACAGUCAUAUGUGUAUGUACAUUUUAGUAUGUGAGUGUGUGUGUGUGUGUUAUUGAAUGUAUGUAACCCAACUGCGGCAUGAUUCUAUAUAAUACCACGCAAGCACACACAAACACACACACUCCCCCUUGCACACACACUCUUAUACACAUACACACACACAGUGCUCUGCAUGCAUAUUUAAUACACACACAUACAUCACUCAGCCAAUGGACCUCAUCGUUCCUCGUUCCUGGAGCUCCCACUGAGCAACACUCUGUAGCAACGCGUCAAUAACUCCCCCAUCACACACACACACACACACACACACACACACACACACACACACACACACACACACACACACACACACACACACACACACACACACACACACACACACACAUGCUCUGAAUGAUUGGAUCAUCAAGGUUAGCAUCUUACUCUGCUUACUAUACCUUAUCAGUCUCAUGUCUGUGCAGAGUAAGGUUGUGCUGUUCAAUUAUGUUGGAUAGAAAAAUAAAUAUAUACAUUCUAGUUCAUCUUUGCUACAGAACUUCUUUGCAUAAUUGUUUUGAGUUGUCUGUUUUCUUUUGACUUAUCUCUCCUUACUCUGUGUGGGAUAAGAUAUGUGGUAAGUUAUGUAAUAAGAUAUGUGAUAUGUGAUAAGAUAUAGGAUAAGAAAUGUGAUAAAAUAUAUGAGGGAGAACUGUGUUUCACUGGUCUGUAUUCUGCCUUUCAGUGCUGCUCUGUUUACAUUAGUUAAAUGCUAUUUUUGUUUCUUACAGUCUGACGUCCAUGUUUUCAGUCCACUCUAAGAUCAAAGUAGACCACGAGUUCAGAUCAGUCAUUGGUCCAUGGUCAUGAUUCAUCCUUACGUUUCAGUCUUCUGUCACCUUUGACCUGGGAAGUAAAAUGCAUGGCACUCCCGAGUUCAAACAGGGUCCUCAUCGGCGUUUCGCCAUGAAACAAUUUAAAGGAAAAAUAGGAGUGGUAUGUGUUGCACUCACCAGGCCUAGUGACAUAAGAGCUACAUCUAAACAUGAUGCUAGGUUAAGUCAUUACACAGCUCAUUCACUGUGGUCCAUACAGGUAUCAUAGGACCACUACUUUUGGUCAUUCAGACUCAAAUGGAAUUCAGUGUCAUUGAUCCACGUAACAGUGUUUUAGCCUGGUGACUGUCCUCCAUCUGUUUCUGCGUUCCAAAAUUAAGUGGCACUAUAUAUAAUUAGUGUUGAGAUACGUUUUCUAAAGCAGAAAGAGACUGGCAACCAGGCUAUCAUUGCUGUGCUCUUGGAACAGCACCUAGAAACCAUCAUGAUUGUGUAGUGUACCUGUGUAUACCUGUAUACUUGUGGGUGGCUAAGGCGGGUUGCUAAAUCAGGAUGCUAAGGCUGUUGGUAGUGUACAGCCCAGACUGGUCUGGUCCAUACCCUGAUCUAAAUGAGUUAGUUUGUUUUGAUGUGGUCUGUCUGGGGCUGGGGCUGGCGGGUCAGUGCUGCACUUACUUCCUGAGAAUUGCUUCAUAAAAAUAUGAUUCUCUUUAAAUAA